AUGACUGCGUUUCUUGAUAACAAGCUGGAGUAUCUUCAGAAACACAACAUUGCACAACUAACGGAGCAUAUUGUGAGGAAUAUCAUGGAGGAUCUUCCGGAAAAUCCAAUCAAGUACGUCCAUGACCUUCUGGAACGACCCAUUCCCCCUCAGAUCGUCAUUGCGGGUCCACCUGGAAGUGGUAAAGGAACGCAGUGUCAAGCCAUUGUAGAACGUUUUGGGGUUGUGCACAUCUCCUCCGGAGAUCUGCUGCGUGCAGAGGUGGCGGCCGGUACAGAAGUUGGCAAAAUGGCCGAAACUUUCAUUCACAACGGUGAGAUGGUUCCCAACAAAAUUGUCAUCAACGCUGUUCGCAAGCGGCUAGAGCAAGACGAUGUUAAGGAGCGUGGGUGGUUACUGGAUGGCUUCCCCCGCUCACGGGAUCAGGCGGAGGCGUUGGAGAGUUCAGGCAUCGUACCGCAUGUCUUUCUCCUGUUGGAGGUACCCGAUACAAUCGUCGUGGAGCGCAUUGAAAACCGCCGUACAGACCCGGCUACGGGCAUGGUGUACCACCUGCUUUACAACCCACCUCCGCCAGAGGACGUUGCUCUGUGUGAGCGCCUCAUUCAGCGCGAUGACGACCACCGCGAAACGGUGGAAGCCCGUCUGAGGAUUUACCACGAAAAACUCCACGGCCUCAAGGAACACUAUGGAACUUUGGUUGAAACAAUAAAUGGGGACCAAAGUAUUCAUGCAGUCACGGAGGGUGUCCUUGCGGUGGUGGAGCGACGUCGUCUCAAGUAG